CUCCUAGGUCAGCUAAUUGAUGUACUCUGGUCAAUAUCCGAAAAAUUCUUAAAUUUCAAUCAAGAUGAAAUUUAUCUAUUAUCAGAAACCAGUAUUACAAACCUAAUGAAUAAAUUGAACGAUAUUGAUGAAAAUCUGAACCAGAAAGACCAUGUCGAUAUUUUGGAACGUUCAAGGCAAACUCUAGAAAAUAUCAUGACAGUUGUAAGUCGAAGGCUGUCAUUGGGUCAGAUGUUGGAGACCUCGACCAACGAUGUAACGAUUACAGUAAAAAAAGAUGUACUUGAAGGGAUCUUUCAGUCACGGUCCAAACCGGGAGCCAGUUUUAUUGAUUUUGGGCAUGAAUUACAACAACGGUACAGUGCAGCAUGGGAUUGUUCAGAUGAUUCUUUACUGACAUGUUCUGGUGUAAUCAUCCUAAUUCAACAUUAUGAAGGAACGAUGGAACAUCUCAUGUUAGGAGAUAAUAUCAUACAGUCAGCUGAUAUGUUGGAUGUGUACUUAGCCAAUCCAAAGACAGGGGAAAUUCUGGAUGUCACCAAUUUGACUGUUCCUGUAACAAUAACAUUUCCAUUGUUCUCUGGACCACCACUAAACAGUGAAGUCUAUUGUUAUUACUGGGACAAUGAUCAUAAUGCCUGGUCCAGGUCCGGGGUGCAUUCCUUGGUGAAUGAGAGUAGAGCCACAGUUAAAUGUAACACAACACACCUCACACAGUUCACAGUAUUGAGUGUGGCACAGGAAAUGAUGUCAUCCUACUACCCAAACAUUG